AUGGUUGUAGACAGGGGCCAGAUAUUCAAGUACAAGACGCACCUGUUGCAGCCGGCCGAGGUGGAGGACAGUCUGGUCAAGCUCAACGGCCUGAUCGCGUCCUUUGACCCGCAGCUCUUCAUGUCGCACCGGCACGAGAGUGCGAAGGAGUGGCGGCGCGCCGCCAACUCGUCCAAGUGGCUCACCGGCAUCAGCCAGCUGUUCGCCGCCGCCGAUCAGGUGGUGACCCAUCUCCAGGCGUCCAACCCGGUCGUGGUGAUGAGCCAGUUCGGCAACGAUUCGGUUCCGCACCUCGUCAGCCUUGCGCAGAUAUGCCUGGACCCCUUCUAUCACACGAUUCAAGGGUUCUGUACACUGCUCGAGAAGGAGUGGAUCGCCUUCAGUUUUGCCUGGGGCCAGAGCAACGGCACCAAAUACCACUCCACGCACUACACGACCCUGUUUGUUCAGUUCAUGGACGCAGUGUGGCAGCUGUUGGCGCAGUGGCCGAGCCACUUCGAGUUCGCGCCGUCGCUGCUCAUCUUCCUGCUCGACUCGGUGUACAGCUGUCGCUUCGGCUCCUUCCUGGCCAGCUCGCAGCGAGAGCGAGUUCAAAGUCUUGAUCUGGGCAAGACGCAGCCCGUGUGGGCCUACAUCAUGAGCAACAAGGAAGAGUUCCUCAAUUCGGCCUACGACCCGAACGCCCACAAGGCCACUCCGAGGCUCACCGUGAGCCCGGCCCAGGUGACCCUCUGGGCCGAGUAUUACCUGCGCUGGGCCGCUGCACCGAGCAAGAAGGCCACCGAGAAAAUCAAAGCGGCGGUUGCUCAGGUGUCGCUGGAGCAGUCCGGUUUGUCGCUCGACCUGAGCAACCUUGCGCUGUGUACGGUCCCCUCGGCGGCGAUCGAGGAGCUGCCGCCGCUCUCUGCGCUCAACCUGGCCAACAACUUCAUCUCGUGCCUGGCGCCCUGCCGGCGACACCUGACCGACCUCCAGUCGCUCAACCUGUCGCACAACAUGCUAGCCUCGUUCGCGCAGAACGACGCGGGUGUCGACGAAAACGGCCACUGGGUGAGCCCGUUCGUGCGCCUGGAGCAGCUCAACCUGAGCCACAACCGUAUCUGGUGCAUGGACCAGCUGCCCACCACGCUCACCGCGCUCAACGUCGCCAACAACGUCAUCGAGAAGCUGCCGCAGGACUUCGCCACGCUCACCAACCUGCGCGUGCUGGAUCUCUCCCGCAACCGCCUCCUCACCGAGCAAGGCACGUCGUGGGAGAGAACGAUUCCGGAGGCGGUGCUGCGUCUGCCGUCGCUCACGUCGCUCAACAUCGCCGGCAACGGGUUCUCGACGCUGCCCGCGGACCUGUUCGCAUCGCUGUCGUCGCUCGAGGUGCUCGACGUCUCGCACAACUCGCUGUCGAGCCUGCCCGACGGCAUCGCCAACUGCACCGGCCUGCGGGUGCUCACGCUCAUGGCCAACAUCCUCACCGCCCUGCCCCGCGGCAUCGCCCAUGUCUCGUCCCUCCAGGAACUGCACGCGCGGAACUGUUUGGCUCCGCAACCGGCGCGAGGCGAGGAGACGUCGCAGGGUCACCAGUUGGCAGAUCUGGUGCAGCUGCGACAGCUGACCCACCUCGACCUGCGCAACAACUACCUGGCGUCGCUGCCCUCGGGCUGCUUCGCGCAGUGGACCAACAUGCAGUGCCUGCUGCUCUCGAACAACCAGAUCACGGCGCUGUCGCCCGACAUCGGGUGCAUGGCGCGCACGCUCUACACGCUCGAUCUCACCCACAACCGGCUCGACGGCGUGCCCGCCGAGAUGGCCAAGCUCACGCGGCUGCGCAGGCUCACCGUCGAACAGAACGCCAUCGUCGAGCUGCCCGCCCAGCUCGGUAACAUGACGCAGCUGGAGAAGUUCGAAGUCGGCACCCAGAACGGACGUCUCAAGUCACCACCACCGGAGGUGGUUGCGCUGGGAUCGAUGAGCAUCGUGGCCUAUCUGGGCCAGCUGCUCAAGGGCCAGGAGCCGUGCUAUCGACUCAAGGUCAUGUUUGUCGGCCAAGAGAACGUCGGCAAAACGUCGGUCAUGCGCGCGUUGCAGCGCAAGGGCGUGAGCAGGAAGUCGACCAUCACUAGACAUGACACAAUCAGCCCGACACACGCGGCGCCGGUGUCGACGGACGGCAUCGACAUCAACGGCUGGAAUAUGCCCAUGGACCCCGUGUGGGGUCCCGACGCACCCCACGUCGAGCUCUCCGCCUGGGACUUUGCCGGCCAGGAGAUCUACUAUGCAACGCACCAGUUCUUCCUAUCGGAGCGCUCCCUGUUCCUGGUCCUCUUCAACCUCACCUCGAUCGUCCAGUCCCGCGUCGAGUAUUGGCUCCAAUCGGUGAACGCGGCGGCAAAGGACUCGCCAAUCUUGAUCGUUGGCACGCAUGUGGAGAGCGAGCAGUGCACCGAGGAAUUCCUGGCCAACUUCAAGUCGAGGCUGGAGAAGAAGGUCAAGCAGAAGUACCCCAACGUGGUGGGCAUCCACUUCGUGAGCCCCGUGACCGGCAAGAACAUGGACCAGCUCAUGACCAGCAUACGCAAAGUCGUCGCCAAGCAGGACUACAUGGGGCGCGCGAUGCCGUCGAGCUACCUGGCGCUCGAGAAGGCGGUCGCAGUGCAGGCCAAGACCAAGGUGCCGCCGGUGAUGACGUGGGCCGAGUACCGCGAUUUGGCGCGUCUGAGCAAUGUCGAGGAGUCGGGCGACGAUCUGCGCACGGCCACCACCCUCCUGCACAACCUGGGCUCACUCGUGCACUUCCCCAACGAAGAAAAGCUGCGGGACGCGGUGAUACUACAGCCGCAGUGGCUGAUGGACGUGAUGUCGACUGUGGUGUCGACCAAGCACAACUUCUGUCGAGACGGUGUGAUCGCCCACUCGGCGCUGCCGCAGAUCUGGCGCGCUCCGGCCUACCCGCCCGAGCUGCACGACUUCCUGCUGUCGCUGCUCGAGCGCUUCGAGAUCACGUUCCCCAUCCAAGGCCACGCCCACAAACUCGGUUUCACGGGAGACGACGAAAGCGAGCGGAGCGUGAAGGCCGACCAGAACUCGUCGCUGGUGCCGUCGCUGUUGCCCGAGGAGAAGCCGGCCAAACUAGCCCAGCUGUGGGCUCCUCUGAUACGUGCGGAGGAAAACAUAUUCGGGCGCAGCUAUCGAUUCGACUUUGUGCCGUCGGGCUUCAUGGGUCGGCUGAUGAUCCGACUCCUGGGUUUCCCGAUCGCCGCCCAAGUCUUCUGGCGCAACGGCAUGCUGGCCCGCAUUGCCAAGUACUUUGCUUCGCUUCUCUUUUCCCCAAUGGCGCGCGUAGCUGAAGCCCAGGGCUCACCGGAGGGAAUGGUCGCCAUCAACAGGGAGCAGAUACUGGUGGAGCUGGUGCCCCAGAAGGACCAGCUCAACAUUCUGGUGCGCACGGAGCUGCGCGGCGAGCAGAUGUCCAAUCUGUGCUGGCUGGUCUUCGCCGCCAUCGACUCCCUCGUCAAGGAGUGGUACAACCUCGAGUCGCGCGUGCUUGUGCCGUGUCCGCACUGCAUGGUGUUCCGCGGCCUCGACCAGGAGCCCUACCUCUUCCCCAUUCAGGAGUGUCAGCAGGCCGCCACCAACCCCGCCGACUCCUCCCUCUACUGCGGCAUCGGCGGCUCUGGUGCGGAGCCGACACCGGUGCGGCUGGACAGCGCGGCGCCCGACCUGGCCAUGGUGCACCUCGACAGCCACAAGAUCGCCUUCGUCGACCUCACCAAGGAGGAAACCCCCAUCGGCGAAGGCGGCUAUGCGACGGUGUACAAGGGCACGUUCCAGGGCGAGGUGGUGGCGAUCAAGCAGCUCCGGGAGGCACUGCCCGAUGCGCCGGACUGUUCCUCCACGCAGACCCACGAAGAGUUCCGCCACGAAGUGUGGAUCAUGAGCGGGCUGGCCCACCCGAACCUGGUGGCGUUGCGCGGCUUCUGCGCGCAGCCUCCGUGCAUUGUGACUGAGUUCGUCGCCGGCGGCCCGCUCGACCAGUACCUCGAAUCUGGCAAGGAGCUCGACUGGCCGCUGCGCCUCAAGAUCGCAAAGGACAUCGCCAAGGGCUGCGCAUUCAUGCACAACAGCUCGCCACCGGUCAUGCAUCGAGACAUCAAAUCGCCCAAUAUUCUGUUGGCCGACAUCUCGCCCGACUCGGAACUGGUGGCCAAGGUGUGCGACUUCGGCGUGUCGAUCAGUGCCGCGCACCACACGGCGGGUCGGCGGGUCGAUUGUCCCGUGUGGCUGGCGCCGGAGGUGAUGGAGAACAAGAUCUACACGGAGAAGGCCGACGUUUACUCGAUCGGCGUCAUCCUGUGGGAGCUCCUCACGCGCAAGGCCUUCUUCGGCGAGGUCAGCUUCAUGUCGCUCGUCGAGGACAAGGUGAAAGCGGGAGAGCGACCAGCCAUUCCCGAGGACUGCAUUCCCGCGUAUCGGCAGCUGAUCGAAGACUGCUGGGCUCAGCAGCCCGAACGAAGGCCCGCGUGCAAGGAGAUCGUAGCCCGGGUGGAGGAGAUCAUGCAGCAGGUGUGCCCGCAGGUGCUGCGCUACGACGCCAAUGUCGACAGCAAAUACCGCCUGCAGCGCAAGCUACAGAGCGAGGGCAAGCGCAAGGCCGCGCAGGCCGCACAGCAACAGACCCUCGAUAACCGGUCUCGGUUACGAAAGGUUGCGCGGCGGACGGCUCCCUUGAAGCAGCUCCUGCCCGCCUUGUGCCCACCAGAGCAGUUUGCCGAGUGCAUGAACGAGAUCGCGACCGCGAGGACCACCUACGGAAAGGGGGACAUCGCUAGCUACAUGGAGCAGUUCCUCAAGCAGCGCCAGGUGAGCCUCGAUCAGGGCCUGCGGAUCGCGGCGGCGGCGGAGGACGGCAGCAGCACUCCCAGGACGCCCAGGCCGUUCCCCACCGAGGACGCGACAGCGGGGGCAGAGGGCGAGCCCGCCGUGGAGCACCGCAAGCGAGACGACGAGCGCAAGUGGAUCGAUACGUAUCUGACCAACCUCGAGAUCGAGCGAGAGCGCGAGCGUGCCAAGACCGUCGAACGCCAGAAGGCGAUGGGCGUCGUCGUCGACGACGACGACGAUGACGAUGAGGACGACGACAGCAGCAGCGGUGAUGACGACGGCGAUGAUGAAAAUGAUGAGGGCGACGGCAAGGCUGCUGAAGGCGAUGACGAUUGUGAUGGCAAUGGCGAGUCAAGCCCACCAGCUGUGGCCGUUCCGCUAGACGAAGACGACAAGCGAGCGGAGGCGGAGCAGAACGCGGAUGCGUCGCGGCCGGCGGGCGAAGAAGGGAAUGAACGGGCCGAGGCUGAGGCCAAGGGGAAGGAGCCGGCGCAGGAGCAGGAGGGGGAGAACGGCGCGGCGGCUGGCAGCACGAAGAAGUCGGGCGACCCGGAGGUUGCGCAAGUCAAGCGGGCCGACAACGACGGCGAGGAGGAGGAAGACGAUGACGACGAUCUCGAUCUCGACCUCGAGCCGCUCACCAUCAACACCUCGUCGGGCGCCAAGAAAAUAGACACAAGCAGCGAGUUUAACCUUGAAACGCUGAUCCCAGUGCGACAAGCGAGCUCGGCCAACCUCAAGCGGACGGUGUUUGGCGACGCGACGCCGCAGGCGGUCAAGGUCGAGGUGCACAAGGACGAGGUAAACGUGAUUUGCUCGAUGCCCAGCGGGAUGGUGGCCAGUGGAGCCGAUUCGCCGGCCAUUCUCAUGUGGGACCCCAAGAAACCCAAGGGGAAGGUAACCAAGAUCAAGACCAAGUCCAAGGCCGUCUGGGCGCUUCAAGUGGUGAUGCGCAAGGGCGUGCUGUGCCUGGCGUCGGGUGCGCUGGACGGGGCCGUCCACCUGUGGGCCGUCAAGAACGGCAAGCUCCAGGCCACCUUCACCGGCCACCGAGACGCGGUGUUCCGGCUGGGAGUGCUGCCCGACGGCGUGCUGGUCUCGGCGUCGUGGGACUCCAGCAUCAAAGGCAAGGUGCGUGCGUUGAGCGUGCUGCCGGACGGUCGCAUCGCUACAGCGGGCGACGAUCUGGUGAUCCGCAUCUGGGAGGGCGAGGCCAGCCGGGGCGAGCUGCAGUGCGUGCGGCAGCUGCGCGGGCACAUCAAGGCCGUCGAGGCCUUGGCGGUGCUCCUCGACGGACGCCUGGUCAGCGCGUCGCAGGACAAGACCAUGCGCGUGUGGGACGUCGAGAAGGAGUCGUGCGUGCGCAUACUGGACGGCCACGUCGCCACCGUCCGCGCCAUGCAGCCCCUGCCCGAGGGCUUCCUCGCUUCCGGCUCGGCGGACAAAUCGAUUAAGAUCUGGCACGUCAACAGCGGAACGCUUGUACACACGAUCGAAAACGCCCACGCCAAGGUGCUGGUGUGGGUGGCGCGGCCUCGGGACGUGCUGGCGGUGGCCCAGACCUGUCGACGCCUCUACGCGCUCGCACACGAUGACCACCUGUGGCACCUGCUCUUCGCCCUGCAUGUCCCCUCUGAUAACGCGGCAUCAGCGUUGAAGCGAGUGACCAAGGGCGUGGCAUGGCACGACAAGUUCAUCUUUGCAGCCCAGCCAGAGCGAGUCCUUUGCUACUCCUACGCCGACCCGUUUGCGCUUCGCGUCGUGCAUGACGGAGGGACGUCUACCGAUGUUGGCGGUGGGACACGACCAAGCCAAGCUCGUCGUCGGUAUCUCAGCACCUCGUGCGGGCUUGGCCGCGAGAUGGACUCGACCACCCGAUUCACGGUCGAACCGAUCAGCAGCCGCCCACAGAAGCCGUGCCACAAGCGGCACCCGGUCAUCGACGGCGAGCCGCUUCAGCUGCGCCUCUACCCGCGUUGGGCCAAGGGUCCGCCUCCCGCGGGCCGGUGGGCUAUCGAGCAGUCGCAGAGCGCACCACUUCAUCAACAGGACCACGGUCAAACCCAUGAAGAAGACAAUCACCAUCAGCCCCGCCAGCAGCGCCUGAUCCUGUUCGACAGUGUGGUGCGGCUUCGUUGGGUACCCACCACCACCGCCGCCACCAGCGACGAAGCGCAGUCGUCAACCACAGCCACCGCCGCCCGGCCGGGCCAGUACAUGACGCUGGCUCCCGAGGGUGGGCAACCACUUGUGGGUUGUACUGUGCGAGUGACCGACGAGCCGGCCCUCGCCACCCUGUUCCGCCUGCAGCCGUGGGACGAUGGCACCACCCGCCGGCCCAGGGAGAACCAGCCCCAGGGAUCAUCAGAGGAGGAGAUGUACGAUGACGGCUUUGGCCUUUGGUGA